UUAAGUGAGGAUAUAUAGAGUGAUGUCGCGUGUUCUGCUCAAAUCUCAGCCUGUGUUGGUGUGGCUGCAUGUCUCAGGGGAGAUUUUGGCUGCAUAAACAAGGUUUAGUGCGUCGCCACUAAAGGCUUAGCGCCGAAAGUCAGCUUUAUUGUUCUUUCCAUCUCACCUGAAUCUCUUUUCAAUUCACUCAUUAUUGAUUCAUACGCAUCUUCAAUUCGAGACCACGGUCGGAGGAUUUCUUUGGGGAGGUCAACCAUUCACGCAUUUCUAUAAUUGGGGUCAAUUAGGGAAAAACAGUCCUUCCAAUGCAACGUCACCACGGAUACUAGCCACGAUGCCUUCACGGCCAAGAGAACCUACGGAUGAGGGUUAUGGAACAAUCACUACCAGUUCAAGUAGUUCCGAUACUGACAGCAGGUCAUCGUCGCCGCAUGGAACCGAUUACAAGCCGCGCGAUGGUCUCAAGCGUCGUGGGUCGGCCUUUGAUCGGGAAAGGAGGAAAUCCUUCAUUGCGGAGGAUGAAGACCCUUUCCAGAUUGAGCCGCCAACGAUGAAGAAGAAGGAGAAACCAGUAACAUGGUCAAGCUUGCCUCACAGAAGUCAACUCAUUAUUUUGACAAUGUCUCGGCUCUCCGAACCCCUGGUCCAAACAUCUUUGCGUUCAUAUCUAUUCUAUCAAUUGAAGUCUUUCGACAGAAGUCUUCCAGAUUCAACCAUUGCUUCUCAGGCUGGUAUUAUGCAAGGUGCAUUUGCCGCAGCACAGUUAUGCACUGCUAUGUUAUGGGGACGCUUCAGUGACAAAGCUGGCCGAAAACGUGUUCUACUUCUUGGACUCUCUGGGACUGCUCUUUCGUGUCUCGGGUUUGGAUUCUCAAGUAAUUUCUAUCAAGCACUUUGUUUCCGUAUGCUAGGUGGUGCUCUGAAUGGCAACGUAGGAGUCAUGAGGACCAUGAUCUCUGAAAUUGUCAGGGAGAAGAAAUACCAGUCGAGGGCGUUUUUACUGCUACCAAUGUGCGCGAAUGUCGGAGUAAUUAUUGGACCAAUGCUUGGUGGCUUGACGAGCGAUCCCGCAUCGACCUAUCCAGAAUUAUUUGGCGGUAUCAAAUGGCUCGAGAGAUUUCCAUACUCUCCACCGAACAUCAUCAGCGCAAUUUUCCUAACAUGCGCCCUUCUUGCUAUUUUCUUUGGCCUGGAUGAGACUCACGAAGAAUUCGCUCAGCAACGAGAUAUUGGAGUCAGCUGCCGCCGCAAAGUUUCCGGAUUCUUCAGUCGUCUCUUUACCAGAUCCGACAAGCAAAACUACUCUUCCCUCCCCAACCAACCUCAGGACCACGUCACCGAAUAUCUUCCACCAGUAUGGAAACCGAAGAAACGAGUCGCUCCUCGGUAUCCUAACAAGCUUCCUUUCCGCCGCAUCUUCACGUACAACGUGAUCUGUACAUUAAUCUGCCAUGGCUUGAUGGCUGGUUCCAUGGGAACGUUCAACAAUAUCUGGUACACCUUCUUAUCGACACCUGUUUAUGAUCCUGCCAAGGCGCCGCCAGGCUAUACGCCCCAUCUGCCAAUCUUCUUCACUGGUGGAAUUGGCCUUCAUCCUGCGCAGGUAGGAUGGGCAAUGGCUAUCUUAGGAACGAUUGGCAUCACUCUGCAACUUUUCUUGUAUCCUAUGGUCAACGCUCGCUUAGGCACGAUCCGCUCUUGGAGAAUUGUCUUGUACUGCUUCCCUGUAGUUUAUCUCCUCAUCCCGUUCCUGUCUCUAAUUCCCUCGACCACCCCGCCACCGAGUCCAAAGACUGGAUUCCCUCUCUGGGCCGCUCUGAUGACUUUGACAUUCAUCCAAGUCGUUGGAAGAACGUUCGCUUCUCCCGCUACGACGAUCUUAAUUAAUAAUUGCUCGCCCCACCCAUCUGUUUUGGGUACGAUUCACGGAAUUGGGCAGAGUGCUUCUUCAGCUGCCCGAACAGUUGGACCGGCGUUGGGAGGCUUCUUGUAUGGAUUGGGUUUGAAGUAUGGGAUUGUCGGAGCUGUAUUCUGGGGAUUAUCUGGUGUCGCCGUCUUGAGCAUCAUCGCAAGUGGGUGGGUGACCGAAGGAGAUGGGCAUGAAAUCCGACUUGAAGGAGACGAUGAGGCCGAAGCGGAAGCGGAAGCAGAAAAUAGAGCCUUGCUUGGAAGAAGUUGAUGUUUUGGAGUAUUGCAUGAUCCGCACUUGCAUUUCUCUUUUGUGUUUGUAUAUUUUGUAUGUAUACUUUAUGGGUGGUCUUCGUCUGGCAUUUUGCAAGGGUUUGGAGUUAGACGUUGCGGAAGAGAGACUUGGAUUCACAUCCAUAGAGUGUAGAAAGAAGCGUGUUGCAUAAAUAGCUUGCAGAAUAAUUAAAGUACAAAAAGCACUAUCAAGUCG